UGACAAGUAUGGACAAAAGUGACACCAUUUACAAUGACAACAAACGUGAAGUUUCGUGAAAACAACACCGUGGAGUGUUACAUUAAGGCAGCAGAAGAGAAAAGAAAAGUAAACAUGUCUGCUGGUACGGAGUUGAAGAAUAUGCAGUCAGGUAUACCCCAGCUGCUACCUGAUCUCACUACAUUAAGCUUUAUCGGACCCAGAUCUCAAGUUAAUAAUCAUCUGCCGCAUCACACGACCAUGCAGCAGCAACAACAGGCUAACGAGUCGUGGCAGACCAGCCCGCCUCGUCAAAGUGCUAGUCCUCCACCACAAACCACAUUCACAGAUCCACUGUCAGCGUCCGCCCCCGGAAGCACCAGCUCUGCCGUGGCCGUUGUGGGUGCGACUAGCACGGCCCUCGCUACCGUGCCACCCACGACAGAUCCACCGGUCUUCCAAUGUCCCCGGCGACCCAACCUAGGUCGUGAAGGUCGUCCCAUCGGUCUGAAAGCGAACCAUUUCCAAGUGACCAUGCCGCGUGGCUUCGUCCACCACUACGACGUCAGCAUCCAGCCGGACAAGUGUCCGAGGAAGGUGAAUCGCGAAAUCAUCGAGACGAUGGUGCACGCCUACGGGAAGAUCUUCGGGAACCUGAAGCCCGUCUUCGACGGCAGGAACAACCUCUACACGAGAGACCCCCUGCCGAUCGGCAACUCUCGCGAAGAGCUCGAAGUCACCCUGCCGGGCGAAGGCAAGGACAGGUUGUUCAGGGUGACGAUCAAAUGGGUAGCUCAGGUUUCGUUGUACGGACUCGAAGAGGCACUCGAAGGGAGGACGAGGCAGAUACCGUAUGAGGCUAUCUUGGCGCUGGAUGUCGUCAUGAGGCAUUUGCCAUCGAUGAGUUAUACUCCAGUGGGGAGGAGUUUCUUUAGCAGUCCAGAAGGAUAUUAUCAUCCGUUGGGAGGCGGAAGGGAAGUGUGGUUCGGGUUUCAUCAGUCCGUCAGGCCGAGUCAGUGGAAGAUGAUGUUGAAUAUUGACGUAUCUGCAACGGCUUUCUACAAGGCCCAGCCCGUAAUAGAGUUUAUGUGUGAAGUAUUAGAUAUUCGGGACAUCAACGAACAAAGAAAACCAUUGACGGAUAGUCAGCGUGUCAAAUUUACGAAAGAAAUAAAAGGACUUAAAAUCGAAAUAACGCAUUGCGGCACCAUGAGGCGGAAAUACAGGGUGUGCAAUGUGACGAGAAGACCGGCUCAAAUGCAAUCUUUUCCUCUUCAACUGGACAACGGCCAGACGGUGGAAUGUACCGUGGCGAAAUAUUUCCUUGAUAAGUACAAAAUGAAACUGCGAUAUCCCCAUUUACCGUGCCUCCAGGUUGGCCAGGAACACAAACACACCUAUUUGCCGUUAGAAGUUUGUAACAUUGUAGCUGGCCAACGAUGCAUCAAGAAGCUAACGGACAUGCAAACAUCCACUAUGAUAAAAGCCACAGCAAGAUCAGCGCCAGACAGAGAACGUGAAAUCAACAACCUAGUGAGAAGAGCGGACUUCAACAACGACCCCUACGUCCAGGAAUUCGGUUUGACCAUUAGUAAUAACAUGAUGGAAGUGCGAGGGAGGGUGCUUCCACCUCCCAAACUGCAGUACGGUGGUCGGGUGGCUUCCCUCAGCGGACAGGUGGGCUGGCACAGUAAACAACAAGCGAUGCCGAAUCAAGGCGUAUGGGAUAUGCGAGGAAAACAAUUUUUUACGGGUGUAGAAAUUAGAGUAUGGGCAAUUGCAUGUUUUGCACCUCAACGCACUGUCAGAGAAGACGCCUUAAGAAACUUCACACAGCAGCUACAAAAAAUCUCAAACGACGCAGGCAUGCCAAUAAUCGGACAACCAUGUUUUUGUAAAUACGCGACAGGACCGGACCAAGUCGAGCCGAUGUUCCGGUACCUGAAAUCGACUUUCCAGUCACUACAACUUGUCGUUGUUGUUCUGCCUGGAAAGACACCUGUCUAUGCUGAAGUUAAAAGGGUAGGCGACACAGUAUUAGGGAUGGCCACCCAAUGUGUUCAAGCAAAAAAUGUAAACAAAACAUCACCACAGACACUGUCAAAUCUCUGCCUCAAAAUAAACGUUAAGUUAGGAGGUAUCAAUAGCAUCCUUGUGCCAUCGAUCAGACCAAAGAUAUUUAACGAACCAGUCAUAUUCCUGGGGGCCGACGUCACUCACCCACCAGCCGGAGACAACAAGAAACCGUCGAUCGCGGCAGUCGUCGGUUCGAUGGACGCCCAUCCCUCUCGGUACGCCGCUACCGUGCGCGUACAACAGCACCGACAAGAGAUCAUACAAGAGUUGAGCUCGAUGGUGCGCGAGCUGCUUAUCAUGUUCUAUAAGUCGACAGGCGGCUACAAGCCGCAUCGGAUCAUUUUGUACAGGGACGGCGUGUCCGAGGGGCAGUUUUUGCAGCUUUUGCAGCACGAGUUGACGGCCAUUCGUGAGGCGUGCAUCAAGUUGGAGGGCGACUAUAAGCCGGGUAUUACCUUCAUCGUCGUGCAGAAGAGGCAUCACACGAGGCUGUUCUGCGCCGACAAGAAGGAGCAGAGCGGGAAGAGCGGAAACAUACCGGCGGGUACGACGGUGGACGUGGGGAUUACUCAUCCGACGGAGUUUGAUUUCUAUUUGUGCAGCCACCAGGGCAUACAGGGAACAUCGAGACCAUCGCAUUAUCAUGUAUUGUGGGACGACUCUCACUUGGAUUCAGAUGAACUACAAUGCCUGACUUAUCAGCUCUGUCACACUUACGUCCGUUGUACCCGUUCUGUUUCCAUACCGGCUCCAGCUUAUUACGCCCAUUUGGUAGCUUUCCGUGCAAGAUACCAUUUGGUCGAGAAGGAGCAUGACAGCGGAGAGGGAUCGCACCAAUCUGGUUCUUCCGAGGAUCGAACUCCAGGAGCCAUGGCAAGAGCGAUAACGGUGCACGCCGACACCAAAAAGGUCAUGUAUUUCGCUUAGUCCCUCGGAAUAUAAUGGUGUGGAGGAAGUGGGUGUACGGAGGAUUUUCAAUUUUUAAAGCUGUUCUGCUGGUAUUCUGAAAAAAAAAAGUCCCAGACAAAUAGACAAUUAAGUAGAAUAUUAUUUAUUAAUAAUAAUUCACCUAAGAAGUCAUAAUUUAGCAAUGGUAUUUAUUAGGUAUGUAAAUCCGUAUUACAACCCCUUCUUCCUCUGUGCACAAAGAAAAGACGCUUUUUUGACAAAAAAAUUAUUAAUCACUGAAUUUUUAAGGAUUUUAAAUACACAAUCCAUUUUUGAAGGAUCUCAUUAUUAAAUUAUGACUUGCUGUUUCAUUCGAGAUAUAUUUUUAAGUAACGAAUAUGUUGAUAGUGUGACAGGGCGCAUAUAUUUUUAUUAAAAAACUAAGUAAUAUGAACCAAACAAAAUGAAACAGUCUUUACAUAUUUGUUAUCCUUUUUAGAUGUAAGGAUGUUAUUUAUUUGAUGAUGCCAAUUGAAAUGAACGAUUUUCCGAAAACUCAUCGCUGUAUACUUAACAAUGAUCACAAUAAUUAUGCCGUACGACGUUUGUGAUAUUCCACGUUUCUUAUCAGGCAACAUUGCUUUUGUUAUUUUAUUCUUUUUAAAAUUAUUGUAAAAGUGCUCUAAUAUUUCUUGAGUAAUUUAUGUAGGUUUAUGUAACAACAGCGGCUAGGUUUUAAUGAUUAUUCAACACUGCGCAUAUCAAUUUUUAUUUGAUAUAUCUACAAGCGAAUUCUUUACUAUUAAGUGUAUUAUUAAAAUUAUCGUGUAGCUGUCCCCUAUUUUCGAAUUUAUUAUUCCUUUUACUUUCCAUCGAGGUGUCGAUAUUUUGGAUAACAUUGUAUUAUAGUAGGGUUUUGUUUUCACAAUUUAUUCUUGUAUUUUACGGAAAUAAAUUAUUUAGGAAUACUUUUAUAUAUUUUUUUAUUUUUUUCGAAUUUUUUCGAAAUAAUGUAAAUCCUUGCAAGUGAUCCAUUCUUUCUUUUUAUCAAGUUAGAGCAUAAUACUGUAAGCACAAGAAUGAUGUACCUUUCAUUAGAUUCUAAAAAGUAAUAAAAUGUAGCGUUUGCUGUUGUGUAGUGAAUUUGUUUUAACAAUAAUUAAUUAUUAUCAUUGCAGUGAAACACUUACAAGGCAAACGUAAAUGAGUGCUUAAAUUGACUUAAAUCAGGCAGGCAAUUUACACAUACAAGGAAAUCGAUGUUUUCUGUUAAUAUUUUGAUCCAUUUAUUUACUACGUUAAGAGCUUUAUGGAGUUAUUGUAAGAUACAGAUGGUCCAAAAUAGCUUUAACUAUUGUUUGGGAGGUUUUUGGGCUGUGGUAGCCACCAUGUACACUUAGUAUCUCACAUUCUUAUUAUUUUCUUCUUUUUUUUUAAGUAAGGGCAGCACUAGGGCUUCUGUAAACUUUUUUGGACCAUCAUGUGCAUUAUGAAAAUUCAAUGUUUGUUACUGUGUUACUCUUAUUUUAUGUAAUGACUUUAGUCAUCCAACAAAAUAAAGUUUAAAGCAAG